CAACAGCAAUCGAAGAAGAGACGGCCAAAUUAUACCCCUCGACGGCCGGAGAUGGCCGCCUCCAAUUUUCCGACGAGAGGUCGUUCUACCAAUUUUCCGACGAGAGGUCGUUCUACCAAUUUUCCGACGAGAGGUCGUUCUUCCAAUUUCCCGACGAGAGCUCGUUCUGCCAUUUUUACGAUGAGAGGUCGUUCUGCCAAUUUUCCGACGAGAGGUCGUUCUGCCAAUUUCCCGACGAGAGCUCAUUCUGCCAUUUUUCCGACGAGAGCUCGUUCUGCCAUUUUUCCGACGAGAGCUCGUUCCACCAUUGUUAUGACGGACACCGUCCGGAACAAAAGGCAAAAAACAGAGACAGAAGAAUUGGUUUUACCUUCUGCUCCGGCCACUUUUACUCCAAUUACAAAUAGGAUCAUCAAUCUUCCUAAAAGCACCCAUCAAACAAAUUCUAAUUGGUUCUUAAAUACUACUAGACAGACCCAAAUUCUGCCCAGUGAACAAGAAGUUGAAGUUGUUAGGCCGUCUCUGGAGAAUCAUGGCAUGGAGGUAAAUUUAAUUUUUCUUUCAGUCCUUGAUUCUUGCGUUCUUAUUCUUAUCUAUCUGUUGCAGAUGCCCAGUGACCAAGAAGUUGAAGUUGUUAGGCCGCCUCUGGAGAAUCAUGGCAUGGAGGUAAAUUUAUUUUUUCUUUCAGUCCUCGAUUUAUGCGUUCUUAUUCUUAUCUAUCUGUUGCAGAUGCCCAGUGAACAAGAAGUUGAAGUUGUUAUGCGGCCUCUGGAGAAUCAUGGCAUGGAGAUGCCCAGUGAACAAGAAGUUGAAGUUGUUAAGCCGUCUCUGGAGAAUCAUGGCAUGGAGGUAAAUUUAUUUUUUCUUUCAGUCCUCGAUUUAUGCGUUCUUAUUCUUAUCUAUCUGUUGCAGAUGCCCAGUGAACAAGAAGUUGAAGUUGUUAGGCCGUCUCUGGAGAAUCAUGGCAUGGAGGUAAAUUUAAUUUUUCUUUCAGUCCUUGAUUCUUGCGUUCUUAUUCUUAUCUAUCUGUUGCAGAUGCCCAGUGACCAAGAAGUUGAAGUUGUUAGGCCGCCUCUGGAGAAUCAUGGCAUGGAGAUGCCCAAUGAACAAGAUGAUGAAAUUGAUAUGCCUCUUCUAGAAUAUUAUGGCACUGAACAGUCUCAAGAUGAUAUUGCAGUGAAUGAGGAAGUCGAAAUGGCUAGUGGGAGGUCAUCUUUUGUUCUCAAGUGCCUCUGUGGCAGAAAAAUUAAAUUCGAAAUGACAGAGUUAUAAUCUGAAUCAGAAGUGAUGAUUUGUA